AUGAUUAAAGGUAUCCUUGUUGUGAAUAAUCACGGUAAAGCUCGUCUUUCCAAGUUCUUUGAACAAGUCCCAUUCGAAAAACAACAACAAGCUGUUCGUGAAUGUUACUCAUUGGUAGUGAGAAGACCGGAUAAUGUUUGCAACUUCUUGGAAGGAGGUGCUAUUUGGGGAAAGGAUACCAAACUCAUCUAUAGACAUUAUGCUACAUUGUACUUUAUAUUUGCUGUGGAUCAAAAUGAAAGCGAAUUAGGAAUUUUAGAUCUUAUCCAAGUUUUUGUUGAGACUUUGGAUAAAUGCUUUGAAAAUGUUUGUGAAUUAGAUUUGAUUUUCCACUCUGAUAAAGUACAUUAUAUUUUGGAAGAAAUUGUUAUUGGAGGUUUAGUUUUAGAAACAAAUAAGGAAGAAAUUUUAAUGUCAAUCAAGGAACAAAACGAUAUUGAAAAUAGAACUAAGAAUCAAGGACCAACAGUCACCAAAAUCAUGAAUAGAUAA